UUGAACACAACAUGUCUGUUUAUCAGGAUGUACUGUGUUUUACCGGUAGAAUAAACUUUUCAUGGCAAAACAAAAAAAAGGUAUUGGAGGUGCGUUGGGUUCUGGUUGAGGCAUUCUCAGAUUAUCCAGCAGGGGUGGAGCUCCUGAUGAAUGCCACAAGCUCCCUGCUGGAGUUGAGAGACGCUAACGAAACCAUCAGGUUCAUCGAGAGAAACAAAGCUUUUGGAAAGUGUUUGAUCUUCCGUGGCAACAUGUCACUUCCUGACCCCGAGACGUCCAACCACACCCUCCACCUGAAAAGUGCCAAUUUCGAUGGUCAGGUGUCUCCAUACGAUGACCAGGGCCGAGUUGAUAUCUACCAGGGCUGUCCUGACUGUGUGCUCAUCAUCUACAGCGGAGUCUUUGAGGGAACACCAGGGAAGAUGCUGCUCAUUUACAGAAGGGAAGGGAAACACCUGGACGCCAAGGAGCUGAAAGACGCUCAGAGUGUCCACAGGAAGGUGGCAGAGUGUCUGAAAUUCAACAUGUCAUCACAGUUCACCUAUGACGGGAAGGCAGGGUUUUGUCUGGAAAAGACGGAAGAAGAGAAAGAAGCCUGAGACAGACAAACGAUGAAAGACUGAAACUGAGAUGUUAAUGAUGGCAGAAUAUAUACAAACAGCUAAUAUCAGGAGUGUAUUUUUUAUCGUUGUCAGAAAACACUAAGCUCUGAAUUUCUCAUUCUGGUUUUGAGAGACAAACAUGUUUAUUAAUCAGCUCACAAAAUGUUUCAUUAAAAUACAAAGAGUAAAUUUUGAAUUGUCUACAUGUAUUUUUAUGGAAGCUAAAUUCUACACAGAAGAGAAAAUGAAAGGUGAGAAAUCACAAAAAUAAAAAAU